CAAGAAGUACGCAUCUAUCGACCGAUCGCAUCUGCAGAGAACAGCGUCUAUUCUCGUCCGGACGGACAUACUUGCAUCACCUCCAUGAUAGAAUAUGUUCCCUGAAAGAAGAAGCUAAAGCUGAAGAAUCGACGAGUUUAUAAGUCUCGGAAAGCAUCAGUUAAAAUUUCUAACACUGGUUGUGAACGCCUACGUCGAUAGCGCGUCGACAGCACAUCGAUCGAAAUUUCGCCGAAAAGGAGUAGGAACGGGAGGAAGAGAAAUCACGAUAGAAAAGGAAUAUAAGAGCGAUUACAACAGUGACCUCAACUCAAAGCCUAGAAUCUCGGAGCAGAAAAGCGGUCGGUGAGAUCGGAGCCAGGUGCCGCUAUUACUAUGUAAAUUUUCAGCGGGUGUAUUUAUUUGCGCGCGCGCACUGUCGCCAACGAGCAACGACAUUAGCAGCAACGGCAACAUUAUCGUUAAUAACAGCGAGUGAAACGGACACGGGCGAAAGGGAAUCGCGCAGCACGCUGCAAAGUAGAUAUCUGGUCUUUUCUUUGACAGAUCCCAAGGAAGCCCGCAAACUGGCUCCGGAAGUGAGGAUAAAGCAAAUUGGAAUGAGGGAGGAUUUGCUAUCUAUAAUACGGCACACGAGCAGCGAUCACUUCUCGGAAGAGCUUUAGCCGGCGGCUUAACCAGGAAGUAGAAACGCGAGCAGCGGGAUCAGCCAGGUUGAAGCGAGUAAUUCGCAAGUAGAAUAUACGCGCGAAUAUAGAGUAGAAGCUGCUCUCGCUCGUUGACGGUUUUUUUUUUAUUUUGGAGCGAGUAGCUCCACGUCCGGCUUCCUUUUGCUCUGAGAAUCCUCGGUGUUACUCCUCAAUAAUUCUGUCGUCAUCGAAAGGGAGAGAAACAGAAAGGGAAGGCCGAAUAUCCGGAAGACCGGUUAUUCUCCCUACGAAUUUCUCGGUUAUGCCCUGGGUCGCCGCAUGUUUUGAUCUGUUAGCGACUCCGUUACUGGGUUACUGCCUUGCGGUCAGAAAACUGGCCCUGCAAGCCGGCCUCCUGCAGGAGAAAAAAAACGAUCUCGCCGUGAGGCAGACGUCUAACACGGGGAUAUCCUUGAACGCUGACACCACAACCAUCAUGGCCCCUAACGCGGAAGAGCAACGUCAAGACUCUGGCAAAGAGAAGGUCGCAGCAAGAAUCUCAGGUCUAUCAAAAUCAUCGCGCAAAUUCGCGGGAGUCGUCAUAGCCACUUGUGGUCUACCGGCUCGUGGAAAAAGCCAGAUUGGACAGAGCCUUGCUCGCAGACUCAUUUGGAAUGGCGUAACUACAAAAGUGUUUCGUGUGAAUGAUUAUCGAAGGAAGCGAUUCGAACCUCAUAUAUCUCAAGAACUUUUCCUGGAUAAUGCGGCAAAUAACACGUUAAUAGCUCUCACUCAGAGAGAUACUAUGCAAGAUUGCGCAGCAUGGCUUGCAUCUGGAAAUACUGUGGCAAUCCUGGACGCUAUGCUAAUCACGCGAACACAACGCACGGAAGUCUACGAUUACUUCUCCGGUCAGCUUGGUUAUCGCGUUCUCUUCAUCGAAUGCGUCUGCGAUGAUCCAGAAGUCCUGGAGUACAAUCAACAGGAGAUCGUAAGACAUUGCGCCGACUAUACAGGAGUAGACACCGCUUUAGCCACGGAAGAUCUGCGCUCAAAAAUCGCUUUUUACGCUGGAAUAUAUGAACCUAUGAAUGAUAGAACUUAUCCCAGGAUCAAAAUUAAUACUGCUACCAUGGAUAUCGAGACCUGCAAAGUAUCUGGUCACAUUGAAACCAGUGUGCUUGGUUACCUUGGAGAUAUCAGCCUUAAACCUCACACUCUUUAUUUCUCGAGGCAUGGCGAAAGCGAGUACAACGUGGUUGGUAAAAUCGGUGGCGAUGCGGUAUUGAGCACCAGAGGUGAGCGUUAUGCUCAAGCUUUAUCAAACAAGUUCAAUGCCAUGCGUAUCCCCGAUCUUCGAAUUCUCACCAGUCGCCUCCGUAGAACGAUCGCAACGGUACGUGGCAUCGAAGCUCCUCGGGAACAUAUAGCCGCUUUAAAUGAACUUCACGCGGGAGUGUGCGAAGGUCUCUCGUACGAAGAGAUGCAGGAGCGUUAUCCGCAGGAGUUCGCUUGGCGCGAUCAAGAUAAGCUACGUUAUCGCUAUCCAUGGGGCGAAAGUUACAUCGAUGCGAUGCUACGUGUUGAGCCGGUGAUUGCCGAGUUGCAGUGUUCUAACAAUGUACUCGUGGUGUCACAUCAGGCGAUAUUACGCUGCAUCAUCGGAUUCUUUCUUGAUAAGAAACCUGAAGAGCUGCCCUAUAUGGAAGUGCCGCUGCACACGAUAAUCCGCAUCACCAGCCAGGGUUACAAUUACAAGCUCGAGUUUUUCAAGCUGCCGAUCGAGUGUGUUAACACGACUCGUGUCAAGCCGCAGAACUGCAGCGGUGACCGUACUGCUGCGGAUGCUCUGAUAACCGUUCCCGCGCACUUCGACAUACCGGAUCCUUGGAGAAAUCCCGGAGUUGGCCACGGGCCCACUCUCGUGCAACAGCACUAAGGAAGUUCGUUUUAAAA